GACUGACAGGCACACACAUACACACUCGGCCACGCGCGCACCGCCCGGCCCCACUCGCGCCGCGCGGGUCUUCUCUGGCUGCAUUGUCCGCCGACGGCCGGUCCUCGUCGUUCCGCGCCGCCGUCCCCUGCGCAGGGAGCGCCAGGCCCCGCCGCCUCCUCUUCGGCACCGCAGGGUGCGCCACCCGCAGGGAACCGGACGCGGGAAGGGGGCGAGUCCGGGCAGCGCGCGAUCACCCGGACUCCCCCGGCUCCGCACGGAACAGUCGUGGCCGCAGGGGAAGGGUGCACAUCCCACCUCAGCAUGUCCCGACGAAGCCAGCGCCUCACGCGUUACUCUCAGGUUGAUGAUGAUGGUGGCAGCAGCAGCAGCGGAGGAAGCUCUGUGGCUGGGAGCCAGAACACCCUGUUUAAGGACAGUCCUCUGAGGACCUUGAAGAGGAAAUCCAGCAACAUGAAGCGCAUGUCCCCAGCGCCGCAGCUGGGCCCCUCCUCUGACUCACACACCUCCUACUACAGCGAGUCCAUGGUCCGGGAGUCCUAUAUUGGCAGCCCCCAGGCCGUGUCCCUCGCCAGGAGUGCCCUCCUCGAUGACCACCUGCACAGUGAGCCCUACUGGGGCGAGGACUUGCGUGUGCGGAGGAGGAGGGGCACGGGCGGCACCGAGAGCAGCAAGGCGAAUGGGCUGGCAGAGAGCAAGGCCACUGAGGACUUCCUGGGCUCCUCCUCCGGCUACUCUUCUGAGGACGACUUCACGACAGGCUACGCGGACAUGGAUCAGCACAGUUCAGGGUCAAAGUUAGGAAGCGUGGUCUCCCGGGCAGGCUCCUUUGUCUGGACGGUGAUCACUUUUCCAGGCCGGCUCUUUGGGCUUCUCUACUGGUGGCUUGGCACCACCUGGUACCGCCUGACGACAGCAGCCUCACUCCUAGAUGUCUUUGUUUUAACCAGGCGCUUUUCAUCCCUCAAGACCUUCCUGUGGUUCCUCCUGCUGCUGCUGCUCCUGACAGGCCUGACCUACGGUGCUUGGUACUUCUACCCCUUUGGGCUACAGACGUUGCACCCUGCUGUGGUCUCCUGGUGGACAGCAAGAGACAGCAGGAAGCAGCCUGAGCUGUGGGACUCCAGAGACUCGGCCCCACAUUUCCAGGCUGAGCAGCGCAUCCUCUCCAAAGUAAACUCCCUGGAGCGGCGCCUGGAGGCUCUGGCUGCUGAGUUUUCCUCCAACUGGCAGAGGGAGUCCAUCCGGCUAGAGCGCCUAGAGCUUCGGCAGGGGGCCCCUGGCCAGGGGGGUGGCAGUGGCUUGAGCCAGGAGGACACUUUGGCGCUCCUGGAGGGGCUGGUGAGCCGCCGGGAGGCUGCCCUGAAGGAGGACUUCCGAAGGGACACUGCCACUCGCAUCCAGGAAGAACUGGCUGCCGUGAGGGCAGAACAUCACCAGGACUCGGAGGACCUCUUCAAGAAAAUCGUCCAGGCCUCCCAGGAGUCUGAAGCUCGCAUCCAGCACCUCAAGUCAGAGUGGCAGAGCAUGACCCAGGAGGCCAUCCAGGAGAACUCUGUGCAGGAGCUGGGGCGGCUGGAGGCCCAGCUAGCCGGCCUGCGGCAGGAACUGGCGGCUCUGACCCUGAAGCAGAGCUCGGUGGAGGAUGAAGUGGGGCUGCUGCCCCAGAAGAUCCAGGCUGUGAGGCAGGAAGUGGAAUCUCAGUUCCCUGCCUGGGUCAGUCACUUCCUUCUCCAAGGUGGGGGUGCCCGCUCCGGGCUCCUCCAGAGAGAGGAGGUGCAAGCUCAGCUGCAGGAGCUGGAGAGCAAGAUCCUUGCCCAUGUGACAGAGAUGCAGGGCAAGUCAGCUCGGGAGGCUGCGGCCUUGCUGGGACGGACACUGCAGAACGAAGGUGUGGUCGGGGUGACAGAGGAGCAGGUGCACCAGAUCGUAAAGCAGGCUCUGCAGCGCUACAGUGAGGACCGCAUCGGGAUGGUGGACUACGCCCUGGAAUCGGGAGGAGCCAGUGUUAUCAGUACCCGAUGUUCAGAGACCUACGAGACCAAAACCGCCCUCCUCAGCCUCUUUGGCAUCCCACUAUGGUACCACUCCCAGUCUCCCCGGGUCAUUCUCCAGCCAGAUGUGCACCCAGGCAACUGUUGGGCCUUCCAGGGGCCCCAGGGGUUCGCUGUGGUCCGCCUGUCUGCCCGCAUCCGGCCCACGGCUGUCACCUUAGAACACGUGCCCAAGGCCCUAUCUCCCAACAGCACCAUCUCCAGUGCCCCCAAGGACUUUGCCAUCUUUGGCUUGGAUGAAGACCUGCAACAAGAGGGCGUGCUUCUUGGCACAUUCACCUAUGAUCAGGACGGGGAGCCCAUUCAGACCUUCUACUUCCAGACCCCCAAAAUGGCUGCAUACCAGGUGGUGGAGCUGCGGAUCCUGACCAACUGGGGCCACCCUGAGUACACCUGCAUCUACCGCUUCAGGGUGCAUGGGGAGCCUACCCACUAGCCCUGAGUCUGUGCCUGCCACCAACUGGGGACCACACUCCUCCCCGCACACAGCCUGCUCCAGGAUGGGUGUGCAGCACCCAUCACUGCCCCCACAUGCUUGACCAGCGCUUUGACUUCUGGGAGCAAGAAAGAAGAGCCCUGACCCCAGGGAGAAGGAAAGAAAGCACUGUGGUCCCCUUUAUCCUGUCCUCUGAGCUGGGCCACCGAGUGUAUAUAUGUAACAUACUGUGGGGCACUGGUGGCAGGAGGAGGUGAGGGCUCUGCUCUGGCCCAGGUGUGUUUG